AUGUCCCCAAAGCCAUCUCCACCGCAAUGGAUACGAAAUGCGUACAAUCCAGCCUACCUUCGCAACGUUCUGGGCACCCUCGCACAACGCGAGAGUCGCCGCGAUGCAGCCCGCAGUGCUUCCCGACGUCAGGCAGUAGAAAGCGAUAGCAACGGUUCUCCGGGCUCUUCGAAAGCAAUAAAGGCUACUCCAGAACAGAUAGAGCACUAUUCUGUCAAGAUUGGAGCGGGCCAAGACAAUGAAUACCGCAAUCGAUAUCUCCAUCUCGAGCCAUACGAUCGAACGCGAGUCGUUCUGAGCGCCCAACCCAACUGCGGUGAUGGCUAUCUCAAUGCCAGCUGGGUUCUCGAGAAGCACGGAGGCAAAUGGUGGAUUGCUACCCAAGCCCCGCUCCCUCAUACAUCGCACUCGUUCCUCAGUGUCCUGUUACAGCCGGUCACGCGUCCUCCCCCUGCGCUUCUCGCACCAACGACAUCUGCCACCCCAUCUACCUCGCCCCAUCCGACAACCCGAGUUAGAACGGUCGUUCAGCUUACCCAGAAUGUCGAAAGUGGACGAAGGAAAGCUCACGCUUACUUUCCUAGCAAAGUAGGAAAGUCGAUGAUCGUACCUGCCGAAGAAGGGUCUGAAGCACUUGGUGUCAAAGCGACCCUCCUUCAUCAAGAAACGAUUCAAGAAGCUCAUUGUUUACGAAGUACCAUAGCCGUUGUACCCGUCAAGAACCCACCACCCGUCAACACUUCGACAUAUGAGAGCGUGGAAUUCGACGAUGAGGGUGGGAAGGAGGAUAAAUUUGGAGAGGUGCAUGAUCAAAGGGUUAUCUUUACCCAUUUGCUCUACACUUCAUGGCCUGAUCACGGCGUACCCGAGGAAGAAGACCGGGCUAGCUUGGUCGAAUUUAUUCGCCUUGCAGACCGUCUAAACCGCGAUGUUUCCCUGGCGUCUUACCCACCAACUUCAUCGUCGACAUCCGCUUCCAAUGAAGGCGAUCUCGAUCCUGAUCCCCCUAUCAUCGUCGGUUGUUCGGCUGGCGUUGGAAGGACAGGCUCUUUCAUCGCGCUUUCGUCCCUCAUGCGUCACUUGGGUGACCUUCCUCCAGCUAAUUCGCCGACUCCUUCGUCAGUUCUCCCUCCCUCUCCCCUUGGCCCGUUACCGGAACAGAUGUCAGAGGACUGUGUAGCACAAGAGAUCGACGGGCUGAGAGAACAACGUCAGAGGAUGGUGGAUAGACCAGAACAGGUGGUACUCAUCUAUGAGGUACUUUUGAAAGACGUGUUUGAGGCAUCUUAA